CAUAAACAUGCUCCAUUGAUUAGGACCAUUUUCCUCUCUCCCCAAGUAAGUUGGACAACCACAAAUCCACGCCCAUAAACAACCAGAUCAUGCUGGAGCCUCCACUACUCUUCAACCUAGUCUGAUCUACCUAGCGAAGGGGUCUCUGACACAGCACCGUCUCUCUAUUUAAGCCCAUUUUCAUUUCACUUCACUUUUGCAUAUCUCGAACCUCCCACCAAAAGAAAUGGACACUAACCCCUCCCGUACCUCCUCUGACCUUGAACAUGCACCAUACACUCCCUUGCUAGACAACCCUUCUCCGGCAAGAAUCCGGCGACACUUUAAAGGUUUUGCUGCAAUACUUGCCUCCCUCAUUUUCUUGCUAUCUUUAGUUGCAUUAAUCAUUAACCAAAGCCAAGAGUCAUUACCUGAGAAAAACCAUAACCGGUCACCUUCAACGUCACGACCUACAGAGUCAUUUUCUGAGCCAGAGCCAAGAGGAGUGGCUCAAGGGGUAUCACCAAAGUCAAAUCCAUCAUUUUUCAGUGAUAAGGUCUCCUAUAAUUGGACAAAUGCUAUGUUCUCAUGGCAAAGAACUGCCUACCACUUUCAACCAGAGAAGAAUUGGAUGAAUGAUCCUGAUGGUCCAUUGUUUCACAAGGGGUGGUACCAUCUGUUCUACCAAUACAAUCCUGAUUCAGCUGUGUGGGGCAACAUUACAUGGGGCCAUGCCGUAUCACCGGACCUUAUUCAUUGGCUUUACCUGCCGUUCGCCAUGGUCCCAGAUCACUGGUACGAUAUAAAUGGCGUGUGGACCGGGUCUGCCACGCUUCUUCCUGAUGGUCAGAUCAUGAUGCUCUAUACUGGGUCAACUAACGAGUCAGUACAGGUCCAAAAUCUCGCGUACCCUGCUAAUCUAUCCGAUCCUCUCCUUAUUGAUUGGGUUAAGUAUCCAAAUAAUCCGGUUAUAACACCACCAAACGGGACCGAGACUGACGAAUUUAGGGACCCGACAACAGCAUGGAUGGGACCCGAUAGGACAUGGCGGAUCACAAUCGGAUCAAGACAUAACAAAAGCAUUGGCAUUUCGCUUGUGUACCAAACCUCCAAUUUUACAACCUACGAGUUAUUGGAAGGGGUCUUGCAUGCGGUUCCGGGUACGGGUAUGUGGGAAUGUGUGGAUUUUUACCCGGUUGCAAUAAACGGGUCAACUGGAUUGGAUACUUCGGCUCAGGGAGCGGGUAUCAAACACGUGCUAAAGGCUAGUUUGGAUGACACAAAAAGGGACCACUAUGCAAUUGGGGUUUAUGACCCUGUAACCGAUAAAUGGACCCCGGAUAAUCCGAAGGAGGAUGUGGGCAUUGGGUUGCAGGUGGAUUAUGGAAGGUAUUAUGCAUCAAAAUCGUUUUAUGACCAAAACAAGCAAAGGAGGAUCUUAUGGGGCUGGAUUAAUGAAACUGAUACUGAAACUGAUGAUCUUGCCAAGGGAUGGGCCUCUGUUCAGACUAUUCCAAGGAACGUGUUGUAUGAUAACAAGACUGGAACUAAUAUACUUCAAUGGCCGGUGGAAGAGAUUGAGAGCUUGAGGCUGAGGAGCACAGAUUUUACAGAGAUUGUGGUUGGACCUGGUUCGGUUGUGCCACUUGACAUUGGACAGGCCACACAGCUAGACAUAUUCGCCGAGUUUGAAAUAGAGAUAAUAUCAGAGACAAAACAUGAAAAAUAUGGUUGCAGUGGUGGUGCUGUGGACAGGAGUGCUUUGGGACCAUUUGGUCUUCUAGUCAUAGCAGACCAAACACUUUCAGAGCUUACCCCUGUAUUUUUCCGGCCAGUUAAUACAACUGAGGGCAUUGUCGAAACUUAUUUCUGUGCUGAUGAAACAAGGUCAUCAAAAGCUUCAGAUGUUUACAAACAAGUUUAUGGAAGCACAGUUCCUGUGUUUACAGACGAAAAGUUUCAAAUGAGGGUAUUGGUUGAUCAUUCAAUUGUGGAGAGUUUUGCUCAAGGAGGAAGAAGAGUGAUAACAUCAAGAAUUUAUCCAACAAAAGCAAUUUACGGGGAUGCAAGGCUGUUCUUGUUCAACAAUGCAACUGGGGUGAACGUGAAGGCCACACUCAAGAUUUGGGAAUUGAAUUCUGCAUUUAUCCAUCCUUUCCUAUUUGACCAAAAUUAGAAUGGAUUGCUCUCAGUUCCAUUAAGCCUAUUGUAUUAUAUUCUUUUAUUGUUUCAUUUGGUUGUAAAAAAAUGUGAAAACCUUGAGGCAACCACUUGAGAUUUUUUUGUCCAUGUAAUUUAAUCCCUUGGUUUUGUAGUUUGCACAAGCUGGAUUUCUUCCUGGAAUAAACUCACAAUUUUGAAAUU